ACUUCCUGCUUUCGGUCCAUGAUCUGUUUACUGGUUCGUUUACUCUGGGAGAGGCGAUCUCAACCCCGCAGCAUGGAGUAGACUGUUGGAACAGUACAGGGGGAAAAAAGAUCUGGCUCAGGAGUUUGUUACCAAUUGGUUUAAAUGUCAGUCGUCGUACGGUAAAGACGGAUAUCGGUUAAUUAUUGACAAUGCAUCAGCAGGCGCAGCAUUUCUCCACUACCAACGGAGAUUUUACCUUUGUCUCCUCCACUGACGCCGAAGAGCUCAGCGGUUCAAUUGAAUCUCCAGAUGUUAAAGUGAAUGUUGGCGGUGAAGCUAAGGAUGCCUCUGCAACUACUUUCCUGAGACAGAGAGGGUACGGCUGGCUGCUGGAGGUGGAGGAAGAUGACCCUGAGGACACCAAGCCUCUCCUGGAGGAACUUGACAUAGACCCGAAAGACAUUUACUACAAAAUCCGCUGUGUGCUGAUGCCAAUGCCAUCGCUGGGGUUCAACCGACAGGUGGUGAGGGAUAACCCUGACUUCUGGGGCCCACUGGCUGUGGUUCUCUUCUUCUCUAUGAUCUCAUUGUACGGACAGUUCAGGGUGGUGUCCUGGAUAAUAACUAUUUGGAUUUUUGGGUCCUUGACAAUUUUCCUGUUGGCUAGAGUUUUGGGUGGUGAAGUUUCUUAUGGCCAGGUUCUUGGAGUCAUUGGAUAUUCCUUGCUUCCACUAAUAGUAAUAGCUCCGUUGCUUUUGGUAAUUGGUGGAUUUGAAGUGGUAUCUACGCUGGUAAAGCUGUUCGGUGUGUUUUGGGCUGCUUACAGUGCUGCAUCCUUGCUAGUUGGGGACGAAUUCAAGACCAAGAAACCACUUCUGAUAUAUCCAAUUUUUCUCCUGUACAUCUACUUCCUGUCUCUAUACACUGGGGUUUGAAGCAGGAGAGACUUGGUUUGAAACUGCGCAAUAAACUAGUCAAGUGGUAAACACAUCAGAAAUUUGCUUUACACUUGUGAGGAUAGCCUUGAAGAAGAAACAUAUUUGGUUGUCUUUCCUUUUGGUUAACAAAUCACAGUCAAUAUUUUGACAUAAAGCAAAUGCGUACAGUGUAUUUAAUUCUUAAAUGUAGCCAUGAUCUUUGUACUAAAAUAUAAGUUCUAGGAUUUGUUUAAAACCUCUUUCAGCUCUGAUGAACAAGUAUGUCUGAUACAGAAUUUAAAUUGUCUUUUCAAGGUGCCAGUUAUAAAAUCAUUGGUUAGAUGCAACCGAAACUUUGAAAGCAUCUGAGCCAUUAUGUUUAAUAGGUGAGUUUUUUGAUAACCCUGGUUUAUGUUGGAAAUGCCAUCCAUAUGAUUGCUGGAAGGAAUAAUUCCUUUAUUAAACGCCAGUGCCAAACAGCAAUGGCUUGGGCAAUGGCAAAAGGUGUGCAGUCCGCUCCACCACAUUAUAAUGCGGAGCAAAUUAAAGUACAGAUUCAAAACCUCUAGAUUUUUUUUUUCCUUUUAAACUUCAAAGUCUAUGCAGUUGUUUUUAUUAUUACUGGAGUGUUACUGGCAUUCCUUUUUUCAUGUAUCGUAUUACUGCAUUUAAUCUUUUGAUUUAUAAAUGUUGGCCCAGCUAGUUAAUGAGAUUUAGAUUAGACGAGUUUAUAUAAAGAGGAGACAGAGUCAUUAUUUUAAAUUGGGUGCCUUUAUAUAGAUGUUAUAUGGCUGUUAUAUUAAGAAUAUUUUAUAGAUGUACAUUUGUAAAAACAAAAAAUAAAGUUUUUUUUUUUUUUUUUUUUUUUGUUAAAUAGAAACUGACAUGCUCAUUUGUUUUCCAGUACUGCAAAUAUAGCUAUUGUAUGAUAUAAUUCAGAUGCAUAAAAUCAAUCAAAUAGGUGCUCAAUCAGCCAUAAUUUGUUUUAUUUAUGAACUUCAAAUGAAACUGGAAACAGUUUCAGAUAGGGAUUACUAGGGAAGGUCUAGAGAACCCUAAGCACCACUAAGUUAACAUGUAUUUUCUUCAGUUAUAUGAAAAUCCAGAACUACUGUUCUCAUCUUGAGACCAGAAUGCACUUUUUAAAAUCAGAAAAAUACAACUUUGUGUGUUUACUUGUAUACAUUUCUACAGAUCUCCAGUGUUCAGCAAACACUCAUUUCUAACAUGUAUUGUUUCAAAUGUUCUUGUAUAUUAAAGGAAACCCUUAUAUGCA